AGCAUAUUGCAGUCUGGUGUUGACUCAUUCUGAAAGGAAAUUGCACCUCUUACACAGUUCAUUUGGAUGGGUGUGAUGACAUGGAAAACAGCACAUUUUAUUAGUCUCCCCAAAUCUUGAGGGAGAGAUGCUUCCGUGGUCCAACUAUCUCAGACAGAGCCUAUAUAAUAGGUUGCUGGUGAUUCUAUUGAUGACAAUCUACCAAGACUUAACAGGUGAGACAGGAGGUGUCCAGGCCUGGACAUAUAACUACAGCGUCAACCAGAAUCUGGACUGGGAUUCGGCCCGCCAGUGGUGCAGGCAGGACUACACAGACAUGGUGGCCAUCCAGAACCAGGAGGAGAUUGUCUAUCUCAACACCAUGCUCCCUAAGAACUCACAAUACUACUGGAUCGGCCUCCGCAAGGUGAAUGAGAUGUGGACCUGGACGGGGACUAACAAGACACUGACCAAAGAGGCGGAGAACUGGGCCAUCGGGGAGCCCAACAACAUAGGGGACGGACAGGACUGUGUGGAGAUCUACAUCAAAAGAGGAAAGGACGAAGCCAAGUGGAACGAUGAGAGAUGCACAAAAAAGAAGGGAGCCCUCUGCUACACAGCUUCUUGCUCAGAGAAUUGCUGCAGCACCCAUGCAGAGUGUUUAGAGAACAUAGGGAACUACACCUGCCAGUGUGACCCUGGCUUCAAGGGCCCCCGGUGCCAGGAAGCCGUAGAGUGUGACACUGUGUCGGACCCAGAGCAGGGUUCAGUGAACUGUGACCAUCCUCAUGGGCUGUUUGCCUUCAACUCCUCUUGCCAGUUCCACUGUGCCCGGGGAUACGAGCUGCAGGGGGCAUCACAACUGCUCUGCCAGGCCACAGGGUUCUGGGACCACCCUGCCACUCAGUGCCAAGUCAAACAGUGUCCAGCGCUGGACAGUGGUCCUCAUAGAGGGACUAUGAACUGCAGUAACCCCAUCGCCCUGCAUAGUUAUAACUCCACCUGUGAAUUCAGUUGUGAUUUGGGGUUUGACCUAAUAGGACCAGACAGGAUUCAGUGUGACCACACAGGACAGUGGACAGGCAACGUCUCCACCUGCACAGUGGUGAGGUGUGGCCCCCUGUCCCCUCCUUCCAUGGGGAACAUGUCCUGUGUGGAUCCCCUGGGGGCUUCCUCCUUCACCUCCUCCUGUGGGUUCUCCUGUGAGGAGGGCUACCUGCUGAGAGGAGACACCAACCUCACCUGUUUAUCUACUGGACAAUGGACCAACCACACACCUGCAUGUGAACCUCUGCAGUGCGACAUCUUAACCUCUCCCCCGCACGGCUCCAUGAACUGCUCUGGCCUCCAUGGUCAGUUCCACUACGGGUCCCAGUGUCUGUUCUCCUGUGAGGAGGGGUUCCUGCUGAAUGGGUUGGCUAAUACAGAGUGCACCUCCCUGGGCAGAUGGAGCAGGAGAGCCCCCCUCUGUCUCGCUCAGCAGUGCGACACCUUAACCUCUCCCCCGCACGGCUCCCUGAACUGCUCUGACCUCCAUGGUCAGUUCCACUACGGGUCCCAGUGUCUGUUCUCCUGUGAGGAGGGGUUCCUGCUGAACGGGUUGGCUGAUACAGAGUGCACCUCCCUGGGCACAUGGAGCAGGAGAGCCCCCCUCUGUCUGGUGGUGAGGUGUGGCCCCCUGUCCCCUCCUGCCAUGGGGAACAUGUCCUGUGUGGACCCUCUGGGGGAUUCCUCCUUCACCUCCUCCUGUGGGUUCUCCUGUGAGGAGGGCUACCUGCUGAGAGGAGACACCAACCUCACCUGUUUAUCUACUGGACAAUGGACCAACCACACACCUGCAUGUGAACCUCUGCAGUGCGACAUCUUAACCUCUCCCCCGCAUGGCUCCAUGAACUGCUCUGGCCUCCAUGGUCAGUUCCACUACGGGUCCCAGUGUCUGUUCUCCUGUGAGGAGGGGUUCCUGCUGAACGGGUUGGCUGAUACAGAGUGCACCUCCCUGGGCACAUGGAGCAGGAGAGCCCCCCUCUGUCUGGCUCAGCAGUGCGACACCUUAACCUCUCCCCCGCACGGCUCCCUGAACUGCUCUGACCUCCAUGGUCAGUUCCACUACGGGUCCCAGUGUCUGUUCUCCUGUGAGGAGGGGUUCCUGCUGAACGGGUUGGCUGAUACAGAGUGCACCUCCCUGGGCACAUGGAGCAGGAGAGCCCCCCUCUGUCUGGUGGUGAGGUGUGGCCCCCUGUCCCCUCCUGCCAUGGGGAACAUGUCCUGUGUGGACCCCCUGGGGGAUUCCUCCUUCACCUCCUCCUGUGGGUUCUCCUGUGAGGAGGGCUACCUGCUGAGAGGAGACACCAACCUCACCUGUUUAUCUACUGGACAAUGGACCAACCACACACCUGCAUGUGAACCUCUGCAGUGCGACAUCUUAACCUCUCCCCCGCACGGCUCCAUGAACUGCUCUGGCCUCCAUGGUCAGUUCCACUACGGGUCCCAGUGUCUGUUCUCCUGUGAGGAGGGGUUCCUGCUGAACGGGUUGGCUGAUACAGAGUGCACCUCCCUGGGCACAUGGAGCAGGAGAGCCCCCCUCUGUCUCGCUCAGCAGUGCGACACCUUAACCUCUCCCCCGCAUGGCUCCCUGAAGUGCUCUGACCUCCAUGGUCAGUUCCACUACGGGUCCCAGUGUCUGUUCUCCUGUGAGGAGGGGUUCCUGCUGAACGGGUUGGCUGAUACAGAGUGCACCUCCCUGGGCACAUGGAGCAGGAGAGCCCCCCUCUGUCUGGUGGUGAGGUGUGGCCCCCUGUCCCCUCCUGCCAUGGGGAACAUGUCCUGUGUGGACCCCCUGGGGGAUUCCUCCUUCACCUCCUCUUGUGGGUUCUCCUGUGAGGAGGGCUACCUGCUGAGAGGAGACACCAACCUCACCUGUUUAUCUACUGGACAAUGGACCAACCACACACCUGCAUGUGAACUGGUCCAGUGUGAGAACCUAUUGCCCAGACAGCCAUCUCCACCACCCACUCCAUCCUCAACCCCACCACCAACCCAGGGACCCUUCAUGAACUGCUCACACUACCUAGGGGAGUUUAGCUUCAGCUCUCUGUGCCUCUUCACCUGCAGCAAAGGUUACUAUCUGAACGGAACAGAAGAGCUGUCCUGCACCUCAGAGGGACAAUGGAGUGACCUUGUGCCCUCUUGCCAAAGAAACAUCAACUCUGUCCAAGAGUCCUCUAGGAUGCUGGUCUAUGCAGUGGUGGGAGCUGCCUCUGCUGCUGGGCUGUUACUACUGCUGGGACUGGGCAUGCUGGCCGCAAAGAAGCUCAGCAAGAAAAGUGACUUCCACUUUGAUAACUCGUUAUGGGAGGAAAGAGAGAACCCUGCUUUUGAAAAUUCCUAAAAGAAAUAAUGUGCUGAAUGAUAUUGUACUGUAAAACAAGGUUUGCUUUCAAUGUAUUUAAAGCCAUCACUGUUCCUUCUAUACCUAUUUUUGUGUAUGGGCUGUUGAAGCUAAAAUAUAUCACUUUUGGGCGACCCGACCAGAUUCACAUAGAAAUGUGAGUUAUAGAUAUGUAAUUAUUGAAAAUAAGUCUAAGAAGCUGUUAUAUCUGUUCUAUGUAUACUAUUUCUAUGCUUCCCAUUCUUAAGUUUCGUUUUUGGCAUCUUUUACUUUCUGGUUUUUGUACACCAGCUUCAAACAGCUGAAAAUGCUAUAUUUCUGGGCUAUUGAAAAUAUAUUUCACAGCGAUUUAGAUGGUACAAUGAUUCUCUACACUCUGUUUUGUUUAAAUUAGGAAAACUAUUCGAAUUUUAGCAACUAGGAAAUGGCGGAGGGAUUUCUGCAUAUUUCACCUUUUUAAUGGAUGUUAGAUGUGUAGGAUUUUAAUUUGACCAGUAUUGUCACAGCAAAAUAAUCUUGCAUCAACAGGAUUUGAACAUUUAGUCCAUUCACACUUUUCCGUGAUGUAAUGUUGCUUGAUCGAUUGAUUGAUUGGUUAGGCUAUUAGCUGGCCGAAAUUGGGCUACAUUACAGUGCAAUCAUGUUAAUAUAAUAGUGUGUUAGUGGUUUUCAGUGAAUUUAUGUCCAUCCUGCAACGCAGGAAAAUUCUCAGCGACAACAGGUUGAUCAAAUGAAGAUCCCAUAUCUGAAUGUAGCUUGUAGUCAAACUCAUGGCUUUCUAUGUUUCUCAUUAUGUUCACUUGGACAAAUGUUGAAUUCAAUAUAUUGAGAUCAUUAGAUUGCAGAAUGUGCAGUGCUGUAAAAAAAAGUUUUUUUUUUUUACGAAUAACAAAACAAUAUAUAUAUAUAUAUACUUAUUUUAUUUAUUUAAUUAACAAAAUUAUGCCACACCCAAUUCCCCUGUGUGAAAAGUAAUUGCCCCCUUACACUCAAUAACUGGCUGUGCCACCUUUUAGCUGUAAUGACUCCAACCAGACACUUCCUGUAGUUGCUGAUCUGUCUCUCACGUCGCUGUGGAGGAAUUUUGCAAUUAUUGUGUUAUUUGUUCACUCAGGUUCCCUUUAUCUGAUAUUAGGUUUUGGUUGAAGAUCUGAUAACAUUCUGUAUAACAUUUUUGCAAAAGUAGAGAAAAUAUGCCCACCUCACCCCCUCUUACACUGCUUCACUGUCCACCUCAGCCCCCUCUCACCCUGCCUCACUGUCUACCUCACCCCCCUCUCACCCUGCCUCACUGUCCACCUCACCCCCCUCUCACCCUGCCUCACUGUCCACCUCACAUCCCUCUCACCCUGCCUCACUGUCCACCUCACCCCCCUCUCACCCUGCCUCACUGUCUACCUCACCCCCCUCUCACCCUGCCUCACUGUCUACCUCACCCCCCUCACCCUGCCUCACUGUCCACCUCACAUCCCUCUCACCCUGCCUCACUGUCCACCUCACCCCCCUCUCACCCUGCCUCACUGUCCACCUCACAUCCCUCUCACCCUGCCUCACUGUCCACCUCACCCUCCUCUCACCCUGCCUCACUGUCCACCUCACAUCCCUCUCACCAUGCCUCACUGUCCACCUCACCCUCCUCUCACCCUGCCUCACUGCCUACCCCCCCCCCCCUCCCUCUGCCUCACUGCCCACCUCCCUCCUCCAUCUCAAUGCCCUCCCCACCCCCUCUCUCCCCCACCUCAAUGCCCUCCCCACCCCCUCUCUCCCCCACCUCAAUGCCCACCCCACCCCUUCGCUCCCCCUGCCCAUCUCACCCCUUUCUAACCCCGCUCUCUCUGGAGGCUGGAGGGUUGCUAGGUGACCACAAAGUGUCAACCUGGCAUGUAGUGUCCUGCCUGUCUGACGGGUGAUCCAUCAUCUAAACAUUGAUAGUAUUGUCAGGGUUGGAGUCAACUCCCUUCCAACUCCAUCUAUUUCAUAAUGUGGACUGAAACGGAAUGCUCUCAUGAACAAGCCAACAUAACCCUUAAUUAUGACACUGUUAGGUCAUUUGGGGAUAUUAGCAAGCUAGGAGCAAUACAACCAUUAUUUGUAGUAUUUAUAAAGAAUUGUUUGGGCCUUCGGAUAGCCUUGACAUGAGGCACUUAACUGAUCACAAUAUGAGUUUUAAUCAGUGUUGGGGGGUAGUAAACUACAUGUAAUUUAACCACAUUAGCUUGUUGGCAGUUGAACUAAAUUUAAAUCUUGGUAGUGUUUUCAGUAGUUGAUUACUUUGUAGUGAUGUAGCUAACUGCUGGAACAACACACUACAUUUUUGCACCAAACAAAAAUAAAAUAUGUUUGAAGUAG